CGGAAAGUAAUGCUUGUGUUUCUCCACCAACAUGUCGUCGUAGGACUUUGAAUCAAAACUUUAGCGGUUAUUUUGCAACUUUAUGCAUUUUAGCUGAUGACAUUUGAAGAAAUAUGUCGUUUAAGCGAAGCGCAGGUCUAGUCGCAGCUAUGCAGAGGAUUUUAAUCAGUAAGUGUGUAAUUUUAUGGGUUUUAUUUGGCCCAAACUUACCGAUUUCGGAGUGUGAUGGGAUCAGUCCGGAGAGAUGUCUCGUUUGGGGUCCAGGGUUGGACCCCGACGCAGUUUUACCAGUCCGUUACUUCUUCAUUCAGACGGUCAGUUCUGAUGGAAGAAACCUGACUUUGUCACCAGGUAAAGAGACAUUUAAAGUGAAGAUAAGUCCUCUCAACAAGGAGGAGUACAUCCGCGUCCACGUUCCUCCACCUCUGGACAGAGACGACGGGUCCUUUCUGAUGAGGUACCGCCUUUAUGGAUCUGCCGCAACAGGCCUGAAGGUGGAAAUCCUCCACCGAGAUGUUGCUGUGGCCAAGUCGCCCUACAUCAUCCAGGGCCCAGUCUAUCAUGAAUAUUGUGACUGCCCUGAAUCCGACGCUUCUGUCUGGCUGAGUGUCCUGCAGUGUCCUCCGAAUGAACCCCAGAUUCUGGCCGACUUCAAAUCCUUUCCCACCAUUGACCUGCAGAACCUUAGACAGGAAGUGCCCCUCAGAUUUUCCAACAGAGGAGGCCUCAUUCAUUACGCCAUCAUUGACAACAAGGUGUACCGGCGCACGCUGGGAAAAUACACCGACUUCAAGAUGUUCUCUGAUGAAAUGCUGCUGUCACUAACGAGAAAGGUGAGAUUGCCUGACGUGGAGUUUUUCAUUAACGUGGGCGACUGGCCUUUGGAGACAAGGACGGAGGGAGCUCUUCCGAUCCUCUCCUGGUGUGGCUCUACUGAUACACGGGACAUCGUCCUUCCCACCUACGAGGUGACACACUCCACCCUGGAGACCAUGAGAGGUGUCACAAAUGACCUUCUGUCUCUUCAAGGAAACACAGGUCCUCCAUGGGCUAAUAAAACUGAGCGGGCAUUUUUCCGUGGUCGGGACAGUCGGGAAGAACGUCUUCAGCUCGUCUCUCUGUCCAAGAAAGCCCCGGAGCUGCUGGACGCCGGCAUCACGGCGUGGUUCUUCUUUAGAGACAGGGAGAAACAGGUGGGCAAAGCACCACUUGUUGGAUUCUUUGACUUCUUCAAGUACAAAUACCAGGUAAACGUGGAUGGAACUGUCGCAGCGUAUCGGUUUCCUUACCUGAUGCUGGGGAACAGUCUGGUUCUGAAACAAGACUCACAGUACUAUGAACACUUCUACAGACAUCUAAAGGCAGGUACUCAUUACGUUUCUGUGAGGAGAAACCUGUCGGACCUUUUAGAGAAAAUCAAAUGGGCCAAAGAGAACGAUGCAGAAGCAGCGGAGAUCACCCGAGCAGGACAGGCAGCAGCCAGAGAUCUGCUGCAGCCCAGCCGCUUGUACUGUUACUACUACGGAGUUCUGCACACGUACUCUGAGCACCAGACAGGGCGGCCGAUGCGACAAGCCGACAUGGAGCUGGUGCCUCAGCCAGACGAUUAUACAGCCGCAUGCAUGUGUAGGCGUGAAAGUGACAAAAAUGGACCCAGUAAGAAUGAUGAAUUAUGACUGUUUGUUGGUACUUAAUUAUAACUACUUUGAUAGUUAUUUAUUUGUGUGAAAAAAAGCAUUCCUGGUACAUAGAGGGAAGCUGAUGAAUGUAACUGAAGUUUAUAGGAAAUGUUUAAUUCUUUAUUUUUCACACUUUUAUAAAAAAAAAAAGUUUUUAUUUUACUGUUAGCAACUUAAGGAAAUUGUAUCUGUAAAUAAUAAUAAAAAAUUAACAUUU